GUAUUAAGAAAGGCCAUGAUAUCUCAACCUCCACUGGGGUUGGAAUGACUUGGUUUUUACUUCACACAUUGGAAACAAUUUGUCACAUACAAACUCCAUUUCUGUAGGUACCUCCUCAGUUAUUCAUCAUGGCUUCAACAUUCAUUUUGUGUUGGCUAACAUUACAGGCGCUAGCAAUAGCAUUUUUUGCUUCUCCAGCAUUUUGUACAUCAAGACGAGCUUUAGAUUAUUAUGCUAGUAAUAAGGUGAUAAAAAGUGGAUUCCGAGUGAUGUUGAAGCAUGUGGAUUCUGAUAAAAACUUAACCAAAUUCGAGCGAAUCCAACACGGUAUGAAGCGAGCCACUCAGAGAUUAGAAAAGCUGAAAGCACAAGCUGCUAAUUCGGAAUCAGAAAUCCAAGCUCCUGUCGUUCCAGGGAAUGGUGAAUUCGUAAUGAGUUUAGCAAUUGGAACACCACCUCAAAGCUACUCUGCAAUAAUGGAUACUGGCAGUGAUUUGAUUUGGACACAGUGCAAGCCUUGCAGUCAGUGUUUUAAUCAACCAAGCCCCAUUUUCGAUCCCAAAAAGUCUUCUUCUUUCUCAAAGUUAUCAUGUUCUACACAACUCUGUAAAGCGCUCCCUCAGUCCUCCUGCAAUGAUGGGUGUGAAUAUCUCUAUACAUAUGGAGAUUAUUCCUCCACGCAAGGGAUUCUCGCAACGGAAACCUUCACCUUCGGGGAUAAUAAGGUUUCUGCUCCAAAUAUUGGGUUCGGGUGUGGAGAAGACAACGAGGGAGAUGGAUUCACCCAAGCUUCAGGUCUAGUUGGCCUUGGCCGAGGGCCCCUGUCUUUAGUUUCCCAACUCAAAGAAGACCAAUUCUCUUAUUGCCUGACUUCCAUUGAUAGCUCGCAAAAGACUAGUACACUUUUGAUAGGAUCUCUAGCAAGCGUGAAUCACACAAGCAUCAAAACCACACCUUUAAUCCAAAACCCUUUGCAGCCAUCUUUUUAUUAUCUUUCUCUUCAAGGGAUCUCGGUUGGUGGGUCUCGCUUGCCUAUUAAGAAAUCAACUUUUCAACUUCAAGAUGAUGGUAGUGGAGGGCUCAUUAUAGACUCAGGCACUACAAUAACUUAUCUAGAAGAAACCGCUUUUAAUUUGGUGAAGAAAGAGUUUAUUUCUCAGGUGGGUCUCUCAGUAGACAACUCAGGCACAACAGGCCUUGAACUCUGCUUUUCCUUACCGUCCGAUUCAACUCAAGUAGAGGUUCCUACCUUGUUAUUUCACUUCGAUGAAGCUGACUUACAACUGCCUGCAGAGAAUUAUAUGAUUGCUGAUUCAAGCUUUGGAGUUCUUUGUUUGGCUAUGGGAAGUUCAAGCGGAAUGUCUAUUUUUGGAAAUGUUCAGCAGCAGAAUUUUUUGGUUGUGCAUGAUCUUGGAAAGCAAACUUUAUCAUUCCUUCCCACCAAAUGCGAUCAGUUGUGAAAGAACUGUACCAUUUUUUUUUUACCAUGUUCUUUCCUUUCCAAAUAAAAUCAUUUUCUCCAUCUCUUUGCAUA